UAUAUAUGCUUUGGAAUAGCCAAACAAAACGGUUUAUUAAAUUUAAAGAGCUCUUUCUCUCUCUGUAUAAUUUCAAGCAGAAUAUCGCCAAUGAUUUGAGAAAAUUUUAAAGAUUCAGAGAAGUAGUAAAAGUAGUUCUCCCCGUGGGAGAUAAUAGGGUCAGAAAGAUCGAGCAGUCGAUCGAUUAGAAUAGUUCCCGACACCGCACGCGAAGGGUCAUUCACGACCCGGGCCUAAUCGCUCUCGCAUUUGUGCCGGGCACCUCGAAGGGAGCGUGAGGCUGUGUUGGAUGGAGAGCUCGUUCGUCGGCACGCGGCCCGUGGACUCGCCGGAGACGCCUAUGAGCCUCGCGACCGACCAGGAGGCCGGCGACUGCUGCAACGCGGCCGGCACCGAGUCCUGCAGCUGCCAGGACUCGGCCGCGUCCGGCCUCUACCUGGACCUGACGCCCAGCCGGGAUGACUUGCGUCAUCAUCUUCAGACAUCCUCGGCCGGCCCGUCGCCCACGUCCUCCUCUAACUAUCAUCAUCACCACCAUCAUCAGCGUCACCAGCACCGCCAGCAGCAGCAACAGCAGCAGCAGCAGCGUCAUCACCGCGGAUCGGGCCAGAGCGAUACGGACGAGGCGAUGGCGACGGCAGCUCUUCUGCGGAACAAACCGAGCCCGGGCUCCACGACCCUGGAGGACGUACUCGACUCCCUCCUGGGGCUGCCACCCGCGUCGCGUACCCCGAGUCCUGGCCCGGGGGGACCCGUCGUGACCGCCACGUCCGCCAUCCGCCAUCGCCAUACGAACGCCGCCGUCGGCCAGGCGAAAGCCGGAAAGAGCUGCAGCGAUCUACACCAAGACCUCCAAGAGUCAGCUAAGAGCGUGAUGGACGUUCAUCAGGCGACCGUCGACGAUCAGCGCAACUUCUACUCGGGUGAGCUGGUGAGACGGAAGAGCGAGGGCAGCGACACGCUGCCGGUCUCGCGGGUCGCGGCUGCCGCCGCCUCGUCGUCCUCGUCGUUGAUGCCGCGCGGUGGCGUUCAGCCCCGUCACCGCAGAGUGUCCUUCGACAACGCCCAAGACUCGACUAACGGCAGCUCGGCCAUGGACAAGAUGGUGCGUUGCCGUAACAACAAGUGCGGCAACUCGACCACCCUGGCGGAGGCGAGGCGGACCUACAAGAGCUGCCACAACUGCACCUGCCUGUAUUGCUCGCGCGAAUGUCGGAGAGCCCACUGGCAGCGUCACCGCAGGACCUGCCUUCACUCGCGCGCCGGCAGCCUCUGCCGCCAGGUACUGUCCUCGGCGAAGGAGGAUCCGGCCACCUUGAAGCACAUCUCCGCCCUCGCCAGGCGCGCCUACGCCGCUCACGGUCGCGGCGCGGUCAAGUGCUUCUUCUCGAACCCCGAGGCGGCCGAGCGUUUCGUCGGGAACGGCUUCGCCGACCUCGGCGAGCCCACGUACGUGCGCUGGUCGGAUCUACUCCCGGGGGAGAUGGGCGCCGAGCUGUACGCCGAGUUGAUGCGCCUCUGCAAGACGUACAAUCCGGAAACGCGGCUGGUGCUCUACGUGGCGGUGUGCGUGGUCAGCGAGGUGCCAACCAGCGGCGCGGUAAGGUGGGAACGGCAGCUCGUGUCCAGGUGUGCGAAGAUCAGACUCGAGGGGGCGCCUAAGCAGCACGCUUCCUCUUCCUCGGCGUCCCCGCAGGCCAGGAGAAAACUGUCCCAGCAACAGGCACCCGCGUCUCCCUGUAACAUCACUAGAGAGAUGGAUUCACCUGAGACCCUAGUGUUGACAUCCCUGCCGGGUAACAACGGUCAGAACACAUCGCGAAAAGCGCGAGAGAUCAGCUUCACCAACAUUCAGCGGCAGCUCAAGCUCAGGGGGGUUUCCUUGAGGAGGCACUUUCCCCAGGUCUACCGGAAACUUUGCUCCUACGUGGACGGCUCGGUCGACAAGUUCGCGCCGGUGACCAUCUAUCCCAGAGAUCAGGCGUCCGGCAAGAGCUUCAUGUGCAUCAUCAUGCUGGACGCGGAGCCCGAACGUCUUCAACUGUUGCCCACGGACUCGUCCAGGGUGAGGACAGUGGACAUCAGCGUGGAGCAAGAGUGAGAGUCAUGUAGCCCGGGUAGAAGGCGAUUCGAGAAUCGGAAUAGCUCAAGACACGUUGCUCAGGAUUUUCCUCAGGUUCACGGGGAGACAGUCGGAGAAACGUCGUCGCGGAUUUCUUCAGAAUGAAGAUGAUCGAUGCCGGUCGAUGGCGGAGCAAGGAGAACUACGAUCAUAUUUGAGCGAAGAAAUAAUCGAGAAAGUGGCAGGAGGUAGUUCAGAAUUUUUCUCAGGUUCUUGAGAAAAAGUUGAAGACGAAGGCUGCUGAUGAAUGCCUUCAGAUUGAAGGCAGCUUCAUCGGUCAGUGGAGUAAACUCGGAUAAUGUAAAAGUUUGAAAAGAUAUUCUAAUUUAAUCGGAUAUCUUUUAUAGAUAUUUAUAUUAUUUGAGAGAACAUCUAGACAGAGGUGUCUAGAUGAGAAUAUCGACGGAAGUCAGACGGAUCUAGAGGAGCUCGACAUUUGAGCUCGCGGACUUGUAUGAUUUCAUACAUAGACACACGCAUACACAACACACAAACACACACUCUUUUUCUAUCUUCUAGAGAAAAAAGGGAACGCGAAGAGAGAAAAGCAUUGCUCUGUUCACACAUAUACACAGACACACACACACACACAUCCUCUUUUGCGAGACCUUACGUAUCGCGAUCGUAUAUCAAGGCAAUCCUCCGUCAUUUCAGACAUCCUCGAUUUGGUCGUUGCUGUGUGAGAGGUUUAUCAAUCAUCUGCCGGGAUGAGUUUUAUCGAAGAAUCAUUAUCGACCCUUUCAAUCCAAAACACACGAUUAAUAAUGUAUAAAGGACUACAAAAUACUGUCAAAUGUUUAUCGGUUUACGUCACAACGAUCUUAUAAAUCAGAUAGUAUAGCUAUGUAUCAAAUUACGUUUCUCUAGCGAUCCUCUUUCGAAGGGGUUGAAAGGAUCAGUGACGAUUUUGAGAUUUCUCGGCGGAUGGAGCGGAAAGUAAUAUUUAGAGUACGUUGUUGUCUCUUUGUUCAACUUUGCAUCGUUUAAAUUUUAUCGUAUAUAUUAUAUGUAAAGAGGUGAGAGACAUUUUUCUCGGCGGAUAUAUUCGAUUGAUCAUUACGAACUUUCGCUUAGAUCCUGCAUUUUAUCGGAUGACAAGAGAUUAAAAUCGUGCAAUAUCGAACCUCGAAAGGGAAUAUAUAAUAUAUUUCAAGAGAAUACACUGUAUUUUAAUUCGUUCGUGCAAAUGUCAUUAUUACAAUUACGACUAAGGAAAUGCCUGCCUUACUUAUCGGCAUGUAUAAGUAUACAUAUAAUUCUCGUCGUUAUUGAAUUAAUUUAAUAAUGUGAAUUUAAUAAUCUCGAGACUUUCUUUUAAAUAUCCGCAUUCCUUCUUCGAACGCGCGGAAAAGGAAAGACGAAAAAAAAAAAACGCAUCUCGAUGAUGCGGUAUCGAAGAUUUUGCCGCAAGUAUCGUCCACCUCCAUGACAUCGUGCCAAAUGAGAAAAGCGUGAUAAAAAGAAACACACACAUACACACAGAAGCAAAACUUUCGGAACGUCGCCGCAGGACACAUCGUCACUUUUUGAAUACGGUCUCACUUCUUAUCUCGAGGAAAAAAAACGCGUACAAUUUCGGUGAAGAGAAAGAAAAAACGGCGAGAAGCUUUUCCCGUGGAUCAACGAAUCGCCAAUUUGUUAAUAGUAAACGUAGCUUUAGGUCGAGCUGCAUCACGAAACGACAUUACAAAAGGCUGAUCUCUUUCUAGCGGAAAAAAAAGAAUAGUGUGAUCGAUAAUGGUGCCAAUGAGAGAGAGAUUUACACCAUUACUUCAUAUAGCAAUACAUACACAUAAAAGCGUAUCGAAAGAAAAAAAAAAAAAAAAAGACGAAAAGUUGCAACCCGAAAUUACGCGAGCGUCGCGGCGUCAUCGAGCGAUUAAUCAAGCAAUCGACGAUGCUUCGGUGAUUAUAAUUUAAUGGAUAAUUAAUGGGGGAAAAGGGGGGGGAGGGCAAGAAUCGCUUACGAAGGAACGGAAGCGUGAUUUCCUACGCUAAUUGGUACAAGUAUCGACGAUACCCGUUUUUAUCGACGACAAUGCAAUUUUUAUCGAUGACGAAACACGGUGGAAAGUAAACGGAACCAAAAGAGGAUGAUGCAUCGCAGUGCCAAUAAUAAAAAUGCCACGGUUAUUUCUAUAAUCGACGAGGAAUAUAUAUACUAGAUUCGCGCUGUCGAGAAAUUAAAAGACUACGAAAACUACGUUUACGUAAACACGAUGAUCACACGAUUGAUCCCUUACGACUAUUAUUGAUUUCGAUUAACCGGAAUUCUUUUUGUAUGCAUAGCGAGAGCAUCGAGUUUAUUAUCAACAUUCAAUUGCGCGAUCGUCAACACUCGUUACAUUUGUCAAGCUUGCGACCAAUGUUGUCCUUCAUUUACGUUUGUACAUAGCGCUAUUAAAAGGGAUAUACACACAUAGGAGGGACAAAUUAUAGGGAUAAGAGAGCGACUGCGCUACAUAGUGCGAAAGAGGUGAUAAAAGAAAUCGAUCAAAAUUCGAAAGUAGGCGGCUUACCGGAGAUCAGUCCGUUAUAUCCUCGAUAGUUCCUUUUUCCUAUCUCUAUUACGAAAACGAUUUACUGCGACCUCGUAUUAUGCAGGCUGUAUAAUAAAGUGUAUUGAUUCCGACACGCUUUGCAAUACAUCUUGUAUAAGUAUAUAUUUGUAUAUCCAUUCCGCUCUAGAAGUACGUAAGGAUUAGCGAGGAUGCGUCGGUCGGAAAAAAAUAUAUAAGAUUUUGUUACAUUGAGCAUACAGCGUGUUCGGCAGAGAUCUGCAUCUCCUCGAGGUUUCUGUGUCAAAAAGUUUAUUGAGAAAAACCAACAUUCCGCGGGUUCGCACAUUCGAGGAAGUGUCGAGCAAAAUUGUUAAACAUUAUUUUUUCACAUUAAAUAUUUAUGUUAAUUGAAAUGGAAAAAUUAAUUGGGCAACGACAAGUGAAAGUUAUUAUCACGGACACUCUGUACUGCUCCGACCGAUUCACGAGAAAGCUGUUGCUCGCCGUAUGACUAAUCGAGACGAAGGAGCCAAUUCGCAAAAGGAAGAAAAAAAAAAAGAAUUAAUCGACGAUUAAAUGAGCAAUCAGCCCGCGCAUAGUCACUCUAAAAUUUAAAGAUAUCGUUUCAGCGUCUAUUUAUCGGUGCUACCAGAAUGUGCUAUCAUUGUUUUCGCAUCUGUGUAUGUCUCGAUUUUUCAAAUAAAAAAUGUUAAUUUUA